GGCUUUGCGAAGAUGAUGCAGGCAGUCUGCGUUGAUGUCCCCGGACGACCUGAGAAUUUACUGCUGCGAUCUCUACCCAGACCUCAACCUAAGGACGGAGAAGUCCUGAUUAAAGUUCACGCAGCUGCUCUCAACAGGGCAGACUUACUACAGAGAAGAGGUUUGUACCCUCCUCCUCCAGGUGAAAGUGACAUCAUGGGUCUGGAGGUGGCUGGUACCGUGGCCACCCUGGGACCAGGGCUGAGGGGGAACUGGAGCCCAGACGAUCGGGUCAUGGCCUUGCUCAGUGGAGGAGGAUAUGCAGAAUAUGUGUCUGUGCCAGAGGACCUUCUGAUGCCCGUUCCCUCCAAUCUCACAUUCUCCCAGGCUGCUGCCAUCCCAGAGACCUGGCUCACUGCCUUUCAGCUGCUGCUCUUCAUAGCCCAGGUGAAGGAAGGUGAAGUCGUGCUGGUUCACGCUGCAGCCAGCGGCGUUGGAACAGCCGCCAUCCAGCUGGUUCGUCUGCUUGGUGCCGUGCCCAUCGUCACCGCGGGGAGCCGAGAGAAGCUGGGGAUGGCUGAGGCACUGGGCGCUGCAGCUGGGUUCAACUACAAGGAGGGCAGCUUUGUGCAGGGAGUCCAUGACUUCACAGGAGGCAGAGGAGCGAACGUGAUCCUUGACUGCAUUGGUGGGUGUAACUGGGAGACAAACGUGAGCUCCCUGGCCGUGGACGGCAGAUGGGUCCUGUACGGUACCAUGGGAGGCAGAUGUGUGGAGGGAGACCUGCUGAGCAGACUGCUCUCCAAGAGAGGCCUCCUGCUCAGCAGCCUCCUCCGCUCCCGCAGCCUUCAGUACAAAGCCAAUCUGGUGAAAGCUUUUUCCCGCAGAGUGUUGCCACAUUUCUCAGAGCAGCCCCCCACCUUGAGACCAGUGAUCGACAGCACCUGGAGGCUGGAGGACAUCGCAGAGGCCCACAGGCACAUGGAGGCCAACAGAAACAUGGGCAAGAUUGUUAUUAACGUCCUUCCACAGACUGAGGAAACUCACUGA